AAUAGCCUUACCAACCCGACAUUCUACCGCCUACCACCGUUCACCCUGUUCGAUUCGCUCAAGAUAUGAAGCACAACGAGGAAAGUCCAAGCCACAGGUAUCCGUGGUCUACGAUAGGCGCAUCUCAUCGAUCAAGAUAGCCAGCCAGAUAGGCCCCGUAUCUCACCUGUCCUCUUCUGGUUGUGUGCCCCACGGCUGAAAGGGAAAGUCAACCGGGACGCCGAGUCACAUGUCAGGCUGGAAGUUUUGUGAGGCUCAACUUUUCAACAACGAUAAAUGUCCCGACGCACCAUUGGGUGACCGAUUGAGAUGAGUUACAGUUUACUAAAAUCUUCAUAGAUCUAUAUUAUGGCAACAAUGCAAGACCGCAUGGCAUUCUGUACAUUUGGCAUGUUCAUCAUCGAUCAAAUCGAGUACUUGAAUGCCAGUCGAGCACCGGUGCAGAAAAUACUCGGCGGAGCAGGUACCUACGCAGCUCUAGGAGCUAGACUUGCUGCUGGGAGGAAAAAUUCCCAUGCCGUGUCUUGGAUAGUAGACAUGGGAUCAGAUUUCCCAUCCGAAUUCCGUGCACUAAUCGACACGUGGCGGACGAGCUGCAUCUUCAGAUUGGACAUGGGACGACUGAGUACGACGGCGUGGAACGGAUAUGGGCCGAACGAGUUUAGGGCCUUCAAGUACUUGACGCCAAAGUUACGGCUUGAUGAAGACUCCUUGUCUGAUGAGCAGGCUCUGGCGGAGUCUUUCCACAUGGUGUGCUCUCCGGAGCGUUGCGUGUCCAUCAUCAGAGGCAUUUUGGCUCGCCGAAAGAAGCUUGGUCCAGACGAGCCGAGACCAGUGUUCGUUUGGGAGCCGGUGCCGGAUCAGUGUACUCCAAGGGAGCUCGAAAAGGUACUUGAAGCCAUUGAACAUGUCGACGUCAUUAGUCCGAACGCAGACGAGUUUGCCGCGCUUUUUACAGGCAGCCCUGAACAGGACUCGAAGCAGAAAAUGGUGGAAAAGCUCCUAGGUCGGUCCGAAGAGAAACCGUCAGAUACGCUGCUUGUGAUCAGGGAAGGAGCACAGGGAUGCACCGCCUAUCAACGCUCAGAAACCCUACUACACUUGAAGGCUUCUCAUCAAAGUGCCGAAAACGUGGUAGAUCCUACGGGGGGCGGAAAUACAUUCUUGGGUGCCUUGGCUGUCGCUCUAACGGACAGAGUCUUGCCUUCAGAGCAAUAUCUGGUGGAAUCUGGAUUUGUCGGAGAUUCACGGCUGCAACGAGUGCUUCUUGCCCUAGUGCAUGCCACAGUCGCUGCCGGCUAUGCUAUCGAGCAGGUAGGCAUGCCAACCCUCACAGACGUGGAGCAGGACGCUUGGAAUGGUCAUGCAUACCAGAAGAGAUUCACAUCUUACCUAGCACGAGAGAAAUCUUAUAUAGCUGACCAGCUCAAACAAUGGCAAUCGAUAAAACCUUGA